GAAGUGGUUCUUCUUGGGUCUCUGACACGUAGCUUCCAAGAGAGCGGGAUAAAGGGGGGCGGGUGGAAGAGGGGUGACUCCUGGCUGUGUGAGGAGGGCAGGCAGGGGGUCGUUGCCUCGCCAGAGAGGAGGCUCCGAAGGAAGGUAGCAAUGUCUGGAUUUGAUAGUUUCAAUACAGAUUUCUAUCAGACAAGUUACAGUAUUGAUGAUCAAGCACAGUCCUAUGGAGGAGACACUGGAAGAGGAGCAUACAGCAAGCAAUAUGGUGGCUAUGAGUAUUCUCAGCAAGGUAGUUAUGUUCCUCCGGAGAUGAUGCAACCUCAACAGCCAUACACUGGUCAAAUUUUUCAGCCAGCACCAGCAUACACACCAUCUUCAUCACAAUCUUUCUAUGGAAGCAAUUUUGAAGAUGAGCCUCCAUUACUAGAAGAACUAGGAAUAAAUUUUGACCAUAUCUGGCAGAAGACUCUCACAGUACUGCAUCCAUUAAAAGCUGCAGAUGGCAACAUCAUGAAUGAAACUGAUCUGGCAGGACCUAUGGUCUUCUGCCUAGCCUUUGGAGCCACCUUAUUGUUGGCUGGAAAAAUUCAGUUUGGCUAUGUAUAUGGAAUUAGUGCAAUUGGGUGUUUAGGAAUGUUCUGUCUCCUGAAUUUAAUGAGUAUGACAGGCGUCUCAUUUGGUUGUGUUGCAAGUGUCCUAGGAUAUUGUCUUCUUCCUAUGAUCAUACUGUCAAGCUUUGCAGUUGUGUUUUCUCUACAGGGCAUGAUGGGAAUUAUUCUUGCUGCUGGAAUUAUUGGAUGGUGUAGUUUUUCCGCCUCCAAGCUCUUCAUUUCAGCCUUAGCCAUGGAAGGACAACAACUUCUAGUAGCAUAUCCCUGUGCUUUAUUAUAUGGAGUCUUCGCCCUCAUUUCUGUGUUUUGAGCUGACUAUCUUAAUUAUUGAACUUAAAUGGGCCGAACUGAAAGCUUUUACUUGGGAUGCUUAAACUGGGACCAGAAAUCAACUGUUGGGCCGCUAUCUUCCAAGAUUAAUGUUUGAAUUAUUGUUUGGAGCAACAAUAACAAAGUGGUCUUUUUGUGUUUCUUUUUAUAGGACUCUUGAAUACAUUUUUACAUUGACCUGUAAUAACUUCACCUUUAAAACAGGCUCAUGAAUUACACUCUUUAAAAUGUAACACUCUUUUCAGUCCUAUAACCUGCAAAAUAAUUGCUUUUGAAAACUUUUGUAGUUCAGAAAUUUUUAUUGAUAAAAGAAAGUGAAAUCAUUAAUUUGUUUUCCCAUGGUAACAUGCAACAACAAAGCUAAACAGAUACACAUUUCCUAUUUUUACCAAACUAGCAAAAUAGAACAUUUGUCACAAUAAAAUUUAAUCUGAAAGCAAACACAAAAUGGAUCCCAUAUAUAACUUUUCAACAUUUUUACAGUCCUCAGAUUACUUUUGUUUACAAUCCAAAUGGCUUCCCAGGCUCAUUAAGUAUUUCAUUUUAUAUAUACUUUGUAAAUAGUUCUGUCAUCUUAUAAACAUGUGGGAAAAUGCUUUUUUUAUGCUAAAAUUGAUAACAGAAUUCCCAUAGUUCACCAAAAGCAGCAUGAUUCAGAAAAUAGCUUUGACAAAUACCAGUAUUGCAGUCUAGUAUAAAACACAGAUUAAAUUUUCUCAGAAUCUUCUCUGAACAUUUUUCCUUUUAGUAAUAUAUCUUUAUUGUAAUGUCCAGUACAGAAUUGCUAAGGUAUUUAUUUGCAUAAAGAUUUAUUCCCAUUGAGCAAACAUGUUUAGAUCAUGGUAUAAUAGGAUCCAGUGACAUCACAUACUUAACUACUGUGUCAUAGCCAUCAAGAAACAUUGAGUAUUGGAAUCCAGUCAUAAGGACAAAAACAACUAUUUCAUUGACAUGGGAAGCAUGUACACCAUUAAAAAAUAAUGACUUACCUUUAGUGUUAGGGAAUGACAAAAUGAAAUGGCUAACGUUAUAUUCUGUACAAGCUUAUUUUAUUACAAAAGUGGAAAUUUUAAAUAUCUCAUUGAGCAAUAUUGGUGAACAAAUAUAACUUCAUUUUUUUUGUACUUUCCCCCCCCUCUUUCUCCAUGACUUUUUGCAUAGCUCUCCAUACGCUGUUUUCAUACAGCCUGAAGUUGUUGACUAACCUCUUCAAUAAACAUCUUGCAAGAAGCUCAGACUAUUUUGCACAUUCAGAUUUCUGAUGCUUAUAAAUUACAUUCCAGAUUUAGGCAUUUUGUUCCCCUCUGUGAUGCUUAGCUGAUGUUUCAUGUGCAAAUGAACUAUCCUGGUGACCCAUUGGAGGGAUAUUCCUUGCCAUCAGAAAGUUUUAUUGGGCUUUACUACAUAAAGGCAACAUUGGCAAAUAA